CGGCGAUGGCAUCAAACAGAAAUGCUCAUGAGUUAUUGUCCUUUCCAAAUGGUGGACCAGAGGCUGGUGACACGGACGACGGAACAACCGUAUUGAACGUAGACCGUAUGAGUUCGAGGACAGAACUCACAAAAGAAAUUACAAUGACGGCCAAACAACGGAUGCGUAAAAUCAAAGUAGAGAAGAACAUCGCGUUGAAAGUGAACACGGAUGCCGUAUCUGCGCUACAAGAAUUGUGUAUGGCUCGAUGGUGGAAAAUACCGGAGUAUCAUUCAUGCGUUAAAAUAGCUGAUAACCAUUUUCAAAUAGAAUGCUCUUUAAGAGGGUACACGGUCAAAGGCGAAGGAUGGUCGAAAAAAGAGGCUAAACGUCAGGCAGCCUACAAUGUGUAUAUGGUCGUUAAAAAUCAAGAUUAGCUUCGUUGUAUUGAAAUUGAACGUGAGAUGA